AGGAGGCGGAAGAAGACGGCAGUGGAACCAGGAAGAAGGGGCUUAUUUUAACCUGAACAGGCUCAGAACCGCCAAAGAACCGUCAGAGCGUUACUUUCUGUAAUUGUCAGGCAUCGUGUUCGUGUCGAGAUGGAAGAAACACUCUUUCAGCUGAGGUUUACAUCGAAGCAGCUUGAGAGACUGGCAAAGAAGGCAGAAAAGGAAUCAGAAAAGGAGCAGGCCAAAGUCAAGAAGGCUUUGCAGCAGAAAAAUGUUGAAUGUGCUCGAGUUUAUGCUGAGAACGCCAUCAGGAAAAAGAACGAAGGUGUGAACUGGCUGCGCAUGGCGUCCCGAGUUGAUGCGGUGGCCUCUAAAGUCCAGACUGCCGUCACCAUGAAGGGAGUGACUAAAAGCAUGGGCCAGGUGACCAAAGCCCUGGAUAAGGCUCUGAACUCCAUGGAUCUGCAGAAGGUUUCCGCAGUAAUGGAUAAGUUUGAGAGCCAGGUUCAGAACCUUGACGUCCACACCUCAGUGAUGGAGGACUCCAUGAGCUCAGCCAUGACACUGACCACGCCCCAGGAACAGGUGGACGACCUCAUCCACCAAAUAGCAGAAGAGGGCGGCCUGGAGGUGAUGGACCAGCUGAAUCAGCUUCCUGCUGGAGCGACGUCACUGGGUGGAGAGAGUUCCCGGAGCCAGGAGAAGGAGGACCAGCUGUCUCGGCGGUUGGCAGCUCUGAGGAACUGAAGGCGCUACUGCAUGGAGGAGCAGGACGGCAGCAGCUAAAUGUUUGGAUUGAACUGUUCCUGCUGGGAGAACUUAAUGAGUUUAUUGAUUUUCCUCCUCUGGCCUAAAAAUAAACCACAGCAGCCAGGAAUAGCAUCAGCUUUACCUACUGGCUUCAUCAGUCUCCUCUUCACUCCACUCACAGGAAUCUGGAUGCAAAUGUUGUGAAAUAUGUUUCUGGUGAUGAGCUCAGCUGGUUCAUUAUAGACCAGAUGCUGAAACACUAACAGGUUUAUUCCUCCCGUUUCUCUUCUGUGGGGUUUAGUUCAGUUUCUUUUCUGCUUUCAAAGCCUUAUGUUGGGACGCAGCUGCUUCUUCUUCAGUGCCUAGAAAGAGCAGCCGGACGUUUUCCUCGCUCAGAAACGUUUUUAUUCGUUUUUAAUAGUUAGUUCUGAUCCAUUUAUGGUUCAGAGAACCAUAACGUGCUCCAGAUUAUCCUCUGCAGCGUCUCCACCGGCGAGGUUCUGAUCCGGUUGCAAUCUGGUUCGGGUGCGGUGGAGGUUUUAUUUAAACUGGUCAGCACUUUUUGUUUUCCAUAUUUAUCUUGUAAAAUAAAGUUCUGCCCUCUGUUGUCA